AUGAAGCGCGACGGAGAAGUUAUCCUCGAAGUCGAAUGCGGAGGAAACAAAGGCCUUUUAUAUCUGGGCAGACUCUGCCAGGGUUCGAAAGGACCGUGCAUACUUUUCAAGGGCACUUGGCUCACCCCGAAUGAGUUCCAGUACGUAAGUGGACGCGAAACUGCCAAGGACUGGAAAAGGUCCAUCCGACACAGCGGCAAGUCGAUGAAAUUGCUGCUGGCGAAAGGGGUACUAUCGGUUCACCCUCCGGUGUGCGAAUGUGCCGGUUGUCGGACGCAGGACCAGCAGCAGGGCCACCCGCCCCCAACGACCCAGCUCCCCAAGACGCCCCCCGAUCUUCAACAUCAACAUCAGCAACAACAGCAGCAGCAGCAGCAACAACACAAUCUCCUCAGUACUCUGAGUCUGAACGAGCUCAACUGUCUAACUGCACGCAACACAGCGCUACAGUUGGCGGCCCAACAGCUCAAACCGCUCGCUGCUGCUGCUGCGGUCAACGCUACCAACGGAUCAAAGAAUUCACACGCGCCAGCCAGCCAGGUGAGAGCGAGUCGUCCGCGUAAACUCGCUUCGCAAAGAAAAAUCCCACCGGCUUCGGGGAAUAGCCUAAAAAUUAGCGCGUUUCACAAGUUGCAACAAACUUUGCAAGAAUUGGGACCGCGGUGGCUGUGGUAUGGUAAGGGAGAAAUUAUGUCUCUGAAGUACUUCGCUCUGGUCACAGGUAUCGACAAGUCCCUUCUCCAGCGUGUACCCGCUGAGAGAAUCAAAAAUCCCGCGCUCAUGAUAUUUCCCCCUGACCGUCCAGUGGUCGAUCCACGGACGAUAUGGGAGACCAUUCACCAGCCUAGUCAAGACGGAGAACCCGACAGCGCAGAAAAGAGCUCCUCUAGCGGGAGUCUCCUCAGCGAGGAUCUCUCUCAGGCACUACUGAGCGGUGUCUACCAGAAUCUGUACCCAUCUCUUCUGGGGGGUCUGGGAGCGCUGGGCGUCCCUGUGGGCGCGGCGACCCCCGCGGUCCCGGCGGCUUUACGCCCGCCCACGGCCGCCCUGGCCGCCGCCCUCCCCCAUCACCUCCACAGCACGCAGCCACCUGCACAACACCUGUUAUCUUUACCUCAGCAGCUGCAAGCGGCAGCAGCAGCUCAGGCUGCCGCCUCGUACUUCCUGAAUCAGACUCAAACUGAUAAUCAGGGCGGGGUGGUGAGCGGUCUUAGUGACGAAGUCCACGAGGCUUCGUCCAAGGCCAACAGCAAGAGCGCAGCUUCAGGGGGGAGGGGAGGGCAAACCAGGGCCAUCCUCAGUUCCAUGGAAGCCUCUCUAUCCACGGAUAAUAACCAAGUCAAUCAUCAUCAAGAUGACGGCGGAAACGACCAUGAGCUUAAUGUUGAUUCGAUCAACAGCAACGACCAUCAUCAUCACCAGCAACAGGAGAAACAAAAUCAUUUUCAGAAUCUUCACCAUCAACAACAGCAGCAGCAACUCGACCGCCGUCGAAACGUCGUUGAGAGUGAUGAUGACGACGACGACGAAGAAUCCGAGGAGUUGGCGUUGAGAAGUCGCAGCUCCUCGGCACGGAACUCGGACGGGGGAGCAAUGAGUAGCUCAUCGAUUCUACAUUCCCAAGGGAAACUCAGUUCGAUUAUUGACCAUUUGCUGGGCCAGACCUCCAAGGGAAACAAUAACCAUGACCACAACGAUAUUGGGGAGUCUGAUAACGGAGUAGCGUCGAAGGACUCAACUCCGAGCGACGAUGAAGUCGAAGAAAUCAUGGAAUGCAAAGAUCGUCUGAGAAAAAAUCAAAAUGAAGAAACGAACUUCCAAGGAAAUGGGCUCAAUCAAUGA